UAAUCUUUAGAGACUAUGAGUAGGGAUACAGGAGUAAAAACCGAUACAAAUACAGCCACUGGUAACGGCAACAACCAACCAAUGGGGGCGGCCCACGACUGGCCACGUCUGCGUCUUGCCGCUCUCACACUCUCGUCCCAGACUGUAUCAACAACCCGGACGAUGAGGGUGGGAGUUUCCGUUGCCGUCCUGCUGACCACCUUGGCUCUAGGAGUCACAGCAGAAGAUAUUAGUACAGAUGAAGGCGUGUUAGUGUUGACGAAAGGCAACUUCCAGAAGGCUACCGAAGAUAAUGAAUUCGUCCUGGUCGAGUUCUAUGCCCCGUGGUGUGGUCACUGCAAGGCUCUGGCCCCUGAGUAUGUCAAGGCUGCUGCCAAGCUGACCGAGAUGGAAUCUGCCAUCAAGUUGGCUAAGGUUGAUGCCACAGAAGAAACUGAACUUGCUGAGGAGCAUGGCGUCAGGGGUUACCCCACCCUCAAGUUCUUCCGUAAUGGCAAGCCAGUGGAUUACAAUGGUGGCCGCCAAGCUGAUGAUAUUGUUAAUUGGUUGCUGAAGAAGACUGGCCCACCUGCUAAGGCUGUUGCAUCAGUGGAUGAGGCCAAGGCUCUGAUAGAUGCCAGUCCAGUUGUGAUCAUUGGCUUCUUCAAGGAUCAGGAAUCUGCAGGGGCUAAACAGUUCCUGGCAGCGGCAGGUGCCACAGAUGACCAUCCAUUUGGUAUCACCUCUGAGGAUGCCGUCUUCAAAGAAUAUGAAGUGGAGGGUGAGGGCAUCAUUCUGUUCAAGGACUUUGAUGAGGGUAAGAACAAGUAUGAAGGAGAGAUCACUGAAGAGGGCAUCUCCAAAUUUGUUACUGCCAACUCCCUGCCACUGGUUGUGGACUUCAACCAUGAGACUGCUUCCAAGAUCUUUGGUGGCGAGAUAAAGUCCCACCUACUUAUCUUCCUUUCCAAGGAGGCUGGCCACUAUGACACCCACAUGGAAGCAUGCAUGAAUGUAGCCAAGUCUUUCAAGGGCCAGGUGUUGUUUGUCACGAUCAAUACUGAUGAGGAGGAUCAUUCUCGCAUCCUCGAGUUCUUUGGCAUGAAGAAGGAAGAAGUUCCUGGACUGCGUAUCAUCAAGCUGGAAGAGGACAUGGCCAAGUACAAACCAGACACCUAUGACCUUAGUGAGAGUGGCUUGACUAACUUUGUGCAGCAGUUCUUGGAUGGGAAGCUGAAGCAGCAUCUGCUGUCUCAGGAUAUUCCUGAAGAUUGGGAUAAGGAGCCAGUCAAGGUCCUGGUGGCUUCCAAUUUCGAUGAAGUGGCUUUCAACAAGGACAAAGAUGUGCUUGUGGAGUUCUAUGCCCCAUGGUGUGGGCACUGCAAGCAGCUGGCUCCUAUCUAUGAUCAGCUUGGAGAGAAAUUCAACGAUGAUGACACUGUGGUCAUUGCCAAGAUGGAUGCCACAGUAAAUGAGCUGGAACACACCAAGAUUCAGUCUUUCCCCACACUAAAGCUCUACAAGAAGGGCACCAAUGAGGUGGUUGAGUACAAUGGAGAGCGAACAUUGGAAGGCCUGUCAAAAUUCUUGGAAACAGGCGGUGUGUAUGGUCAGGCAGCCCCUGAAGACAUGGAGGAUGAGGAAGAAGAGGAUGAAGAAGGUGAUGUGCCUGCGAAGGAUGAACUCUAGGAUUCCUUUAUUUGUAACCCUUAGGGAUUUUGCUUUCUCAGAUGGGGAAGUGGUUGUCCUUAGUUUAAAAAGGAGCUCCCAUUUGUCAAAUAUUCAUUUGAAACUUCAAAAAUAAGAUUACACAUUACAAGUGGCCUAUUGCCUCAGGGUUAAAGUAUUAGUAUUUCCAUUGAUAAAAUGCCCAUUGGUCAUGCAGGGAGUUCCUCAUAAAGGAGUUAUUUCUGAUAACUUCUUUAGUUUAACCAAAAUGUGUUGAUGGUAGACAGGUUUCAUUUAAAAUGUGAUGAAAGAGCUAUGUAUGCAAAGAGUAUUUUUUCUAUGCUUUAAUGUAUUUGAUCACAUUCCUUCAGCCUUUUUGUAACUGGGGCAUUCUAACCCUUGUGACUGGGAUAGGUAAUUUUCAACGGAUUGGUAUUAAAACACCACUACAUUUCUUAGCUGUGGUGCUGAUCAGUGGAAGAUGGUGGUGAUGCUCAUAAGAUGUUGACAUUAUUGAUGCUUUACUGUUGUCUUCCACGGCAUUGAUCUGUUUCCCUGGACAAAGCACAAUGCUUCCCGUCACAGUGUGUUGUGUGCAUGAAUGAGAGUCCGAGGUCCCUGAGCAGUGUAUGAUUAAACCCAAUGACUUUUUCCAAUAAAAGUGAAAAUCUGU